AAGAAUACAUGUUCACCUUUAGUGAACAAGAGCAUGUUCCCAAACUCAAUUUUGGGCCGUCCACCCUUCACUCCAAACCACCAACAACAUAAUAAUUUUUUUGCUCUCUCACCAACUCUUUAUUCACACCAGCAACUUAUAGAUGCACAAUUCAACUUUCAAAAUGUAGACUUAUCUAGAGCUGUGUCCUUACAGCCCCUGACGUAUGGAACCAUCAGCCCAAUACAGACCUCAACAUCCCCAUUAUUUCGAGGAAGGAAGAGAAUAAGCGAUGAAAAAAACUUUCCUCUUGAUGGUAAACGGCAGCGUUUCCAUUCACCCCACCAAGAGCCAACUAUAAUUAACCAGAUAGUGCCUUUAUCAGGUGACAGAAGAUAUUCCAUGCCACCAUUGUUUCACACACACUAUGUACCAGAUAUAAUCAGAUGUGUCCCACCUCUUCGAGAAAUUCCAUUGUUAGAACCUAGAGAAAUCACACUGCCUGAGGCUAAAGAUAAGUUGAGCCAGCAGAUUCUAGAGUUGUUUGAAACUUGUCAGCAGCAAACAAGUGACUUGAAGAAGAAAGAACUCUGUAGAGCACAGCUGCAGAGAGAGAUUCAGUUGCUUUUCCCACAAAGCAGACUUUUUUUGGUUGGAUCAUCUUUAAAUGGAUUUGGUGCCCGGAGCAGUGAUGGCGAUUUAUGCUUGGUUGUUAAAGAAGAACCAGUAAAUCAGAAGACUGAAGCACGACAUAUACUCACCUUAGUCCAUAAACACUUCUGUACUAGACUAUCUGGCUACAUUGAGAGACCUCAGCUGAUUCGUGCAAAAGUGCCAAUUGUGAAGUUCAGGGAUAAAGUCAGUUGUGUGGAAUUCGACUUAAAUGUAAACAAUACUGUUGGAAUUAGAAACACAUUCCUUCUCAGAACUUAUGCAUACCUUGAAAAUCGAGUUCGUCCAUUAGUGCUGGUGAUUAAGAAGUGGGCAAGUCACCAUGAGAUAAAUGAUGCCAGUCGUGGCACUUUAAGCAGCUAUAGUCUUGUAUUGAUGGUUUUGCACUAUUUACAAACCCUACCUGAACCCAUCCUUCCAUCCCUCCAAAAAAUUUACCCAGAAUCUUUUAGUACUUCUGUACAGCUGCACCUUGUACACCAUGCUCCAUGUAGUGUUCCUCCUUACCUCUCAAAGAAUGAAUCAAGUCUUGGGGACCUCUUACUGGGCUUUCUUAAAUAUUAUGCUACAGAAUUUGAUUGCAAUAAUUUGCCAAGUUUUGAGAAUUUGAUGUACACAAACAUCAAUAACAAUACAGUAGUGGGAGAACUGGGAUUCAAAUUGAAGUCUACUCCAAAUACACAGCUUACGGGUGGAGAAAAGGAGAGAAAAGAGAGAGACAGAGAGAAGAGAAGCUGGAACACUCAGAUGAUUUCAGUUCGUGAAGCCAAAGCCAUCCCAAGGCCUGAUGACAUUGAAUGGAGAAAUAAAUACAUCUGUGUCGAAGAACCUUUUGAUGGAACUAAUACUGCCAGAGCUGUGCAUGAAAAGCAGAAGUUUGAUAUGAUCAAGGAUCAAUUUUUAAAGUCAUGGCAGAGAUUGAAAAACAAGAGAGAUCUGAACAGUGUUCUACCUUUGAGAGCUGCUACCCUGAAAAGAUAACUGGUCUCCAAUUCUUAAAUUCUUUCAAGAAAUAAAGAACAAUGGUUACGUCAUAAUUCAUAUUGUUUACCUCCAUCAUGGUUUAUUUUUAAUGUUUUUGUUUUCAUGUUUUAUUUUUAAAGGGCAUACUUAUAUAAAGAUUGCAUAUUUUAUUAUGACAUUUCCUAAUAAAUAAUAUACUCUUUGAUUUAAAAUGUAUUUUUGAAACUGUUUACAUCGAUGAUUAGUAGUAUUAUGGCAUGACUUUUCAGCAUAAAAUGUAUUUUGAGAAAUUACCGAAACUAUUAAGGUUUUGAUAUAAUUUUAAGUAAUUGUUCCACAUGCUUAUAUGAAGAACUCUAUGGAAUUUUGCAAAGGAUCUAAGUAAUACAUACUUAUAGUUAACUGGUGGUAAACAGAUGUCUAGCUCAGUUCUAGUCAAGUAAAGAUUCAAGUCAGUUAUUCGGUUACUUGAAGCAAACGAAAUCUUUCAUUCAGUGAAAUCACUGUGGAGUCUUGAAAUACUGGACAAUUGUCUUAAGUCUUCACUUGACUCCCUGGGACAGACUGUCUUUGAGGUGUGCCUGUGUUCACACAUUUGCUUUGAUAGACUCUGGAGGUUGCUUAAGAUUUUGUGUUGAAACAAUACAUUUUGCACUGUUGUAAUGGGAGCACUAAAAUCAGUUAGUGACUUGUUUAUGGACUGUUUGAAAGUCUCUUGCUUAGAUAUUUUGGAAAAAAAUGAAAUUUCCUAUGCUUUCUGAUAGCACAGUGCACUGUGCACUGUUGUUUUACCUCCGUUUUCCUGGUCUUAUUUUCUUCAUGAUAGGAACAGCAGAAAACUGAAACAUCAAGGUUGAGAUUAUAUCCUAUUUGUAGAACCAGAUUUCUGUGGAUUAUAGUCUAAACUGGAAAUUUUAGGCAGUAAGCCACUACAAGUGUUUUAAGACAAAGUUAUAAAUAAAAGUUUAAUGUUUAUACAAAAAUCUUUUUUAGUAUUUCUUUUCCACAUGAGAGUAGUAGCUUCAGAUACAAGUUAUCCUGUUUAUUAAGAUUGUUUUUAGUUCAUGUAAAUAUUUGUACCUGUAAAUUUAAAUAUAAAAAGUAAUCUGGAAGACAGUUUUAACUUUUUCAAAGAUUGCAGACUUCUUGUAGGCCUACAGUGGUGCAGUUCGUACCACUAAACUAUUUUUUGCAGACCAAUUAAAAAACUAAAACUUCUCUUUCUUUUACUUACAAAGGGUGCGUUUUUUUUUUUUCUUAAGUUUUUGUAUGAUGUCAAAUGAAAUAAAGUUUAUAUCUGGAAA